AUGGGCGGCCCUUAUAUGCCCAAGACGGCUGGAAUGGGCCUUCGCCCUACGAUUGCCCUCGACGUCCCAAUAUGUGCCGUCUUCCUCGCUCUGUUCCUCACCGGUGCCGUCUGCCACAUGACUCUCUUCCGCCGGAAUCUAGCAAGAGGCCACAAGUUCAUUCCAUCGGCCGUGACAUUCGGGUUCUGCAUGUCGCGGAUCGUUGCGAAUGCCAUUCGCAUAGCAUGGGCUUGCCAUGGCUCGAACAUCAGUCUUGCCAUUGCGGCUCAGAUCUUCGUCGCUGCUGGCGUGCUGCUGCUAUUCAUCUUGAAUCUGCUCUAUGCCCAGCGCAUGUUCCGCGCUGUCUAUCCUGUCCUGGGCUGGACUCGGGCUGUCUCGUGGGCUUUCAAGGCUCUCUAUACUCUGGUAGUCAUUACUAUCAUCAUGGUUAUCACAUGUGUUGUGCAGAGCAUGUACAAUCUUAACACGAACACUCUUCGGAUCGACCGUGAUAUCCAAUUGUACGGUCAGACAUACUUCGCCAUCAUCUCCUUCUUGCCCAUUCCCCUGCUCCUGGUGGUUCUUCUGUCCCCGAAUCGAAAGCAGAUUGAGCAAUUUGGCUCUGGCACUUGGAUCGCCAAAGUCCUGAUUGUUGCACUGGUUGCUUUGCUUCUCUGCCUGGGCGCCUCCUUCCGUGCUGCUACUUCCUGGAUGCCACCACGCCCUUUCACGGACCCUGCCUGGUACCACAGCAAGGCUUGCUUUUAUGUGUUUGAUUUUGGCAUUGACAUCCUGGUGGUGGCUAUUUUCUUUGUCGCGAGAGUCGAUCAACGGUUCUGGGUUCCCAAUGGAAGCUCCCAGGUGCGCCAUUACAGAGGACCCGCCGAUGAAAAGAGUACCCGAAGCCGUGCGACUGGAGACGGGCCAGGGGUGCGAGAUCUGGAGAGUCGAGGCAGUAGUCUCUCUCGUGGUAAAACAGAAACCAAGUGA